GAUACUUCCGGUAACAAUAUUUGUAAAUGUCGUAAUCUCCGAAGUCUGUUUACAACGCAUUAGGGUGUGUUUUGUGUUUUUUCUGAGUGUAUUUAAUAGAUAUUAUUGUUCGUGACUUGAUACAUGUAGAAGAUGGACUGAAGCCUCCAUGUCGAUUGAGGUGAAAAUGCCACUCUUCAGGAAGCAAAGUGAGAAAGGGAAGAAGCGUCAGGAGAGACAGGAGUAUUUGGCCCAGGAUAAUCCAGAGCCGACUUUCGAUCUGUCAGCGUGUGAGAUAAGUCAGAUCCCUUCAGGAGUGUUUGCCAGAUGCAAGAUUCUGCAGAAAGAAGCUCUCCUGCUGCAUGACAACUGGCUUGGCUCCAUCUCGGGAGGAAAGUUCUCCGAUCUGAUCACACUCAGGGUGUUAGACGUCCACAACAAUGAGAUUAAGGUUUUACCUGAAGAUAUAGGAACACUCGUUAACUUACAGGUAUUGAAUUUGGAGGGCAACAAAUUGAAGAAGAUUCCAGAAACAAUUGGGGACCUCCGUUCACUUCAGACUCUGAAUGUUAAAAAGAACAAAAUCAGCCAUUUGCCAGGGACUUUGUGCGAGCUUCCUUGUUUACGGCUUCUGGACAUCUCGGAUAAUGAAGUUACCUCCCUUCCCCAGAGGCUGUGUUACAUUCGUACGCUGGAAACGCUUGUACUAGAUGCAUCCCGCAUGAAAUACCCAGACAAAGAGAUCUGUAAGAAGGGGACAGAGGACACCAUGAAGUUUCUAUGCAGUGUGACUGGACUUGAGUACCAGCCCCCCUCCAACUUCCUGCUGAACAUCCUGGAGCCCCCAAAGCCGGUCGCCUCGUCCUGGAGCAGCAACUCGCUCAAGGCCUACCAGGAGGAGGCCAAGAUGAUGAAAUCGCUGGAACAGUACCAAGAUGUAAUGGACAAGAAGCGCGAGGACAGGACGGCCCUGGAGAAGAUGAUGCGCGAAGAGCAGGAGGUACAGGCCAUCAUGGCCGCCAAGGUCGUGUCUCAGAAACAGAACCUCGUAGACGCCAUUGCCAAGGACCAAGAGCGGAUCCUAGAUGGCUUGAAUCAACUCAGUGAGAAGAAGGGCGUGGAGAGAGAGAAGAUGUUCGGGGCACUCAAAGAAGUGGAGAAGAGUGCGGACGAGCUGCUGGUCCACCUACUGGACAUGACGGAGAAGGCCAAGAAGACGGAGGAGCUCCUGGACGAGCUGGAGCAGGAGAGGAGUGUGAAGGACGGUCUGUUUGAAGUGAGGUGGGAGGAGUUCCAGACACUGCGGAAACAGGAAGUCCUCCGAGCGAUGAAGUGGAGCCUGCAGGAUGACGAGGGGAUGGAGAGACUGAGGCAGGAGUACACCAUCGACAAGGACAACCAAAACAAGAGGAACCUUGAACAGGAGACUCUGAUAGCAGGCGAUCAGGUGGAGAGUUGUCUCUACCACCGGGAGGUCCAUCAGAAGGUUGUCAUGGAAACACUAGCCGAGCAGGAGCAACUACAGAAGCAAGCGUUUGAAGUGCUGCUGGUGGCCAAGGAUGCCAAGAGUAACCGGAUCAACAGCCAGAUCAGACUGAUUGAAGAACAGCUGAUGCAGCUCACUCUGGUGGAGCAGGAGCGGAAGGAUGCUCGAGCUGAGAUGGAGCUGAACCUGAUAGCUGAAAAGAGAAUUGCGUUGUCGGCGAUGUUGUCGCAGCUACUGGAGGAGCGGGACAUGAGGCAGGUUGAAAUCAGGAAGAGACUGGGGGAGAUGGAAGAGCGUCGGGAGAUGGGACAGACGGACUACUGGCUGGUGCAGUACCAGCGUCUCAUGGACAAGAAACCACAGAGACUCAUCGACAGCGAGAAUGCGCUGGAGGUGGAGGUGGUGAAAAUUCUGCGGAAGUCGGGAGCAGACGACUACCUGCCUGUGUUCGCACGUCACAAGAUCACCAUAGAAACUAUUAUACAGCUCACAGAGGAUGAUCUCAAACAGAUCGGUGUUCAUGAAGUUGGCCUGCGUAAGUCUAUCUUGCGCUAUACAGAGGAGAUGAGAGUGGAGAACAAACUAGGGGGGAUAACUCCGACGGUGGAGACUCCAGCCAAGGAGGUUGUGACGUCCGCAGAAGAGCCGUCAACCUCCUCACAAGCCGAGCCCUCCGCGCCCGAGGACCCUGCAGCAGGGGCCAUGUUUCAGAGACAGAGGUCAAUCAUCGCCCGGGGGAUGAACUCCGAGUGCUCCAUCUGUCUGGAAAGAGAGUCCCAAGUGAUCUUCCUCAACUGCGGACAUAUCUGCAGCUGUGUCAUGUGUUGCGGACCACUGACGCUGUGUCCGCUGUGUCGAGCUCCGAUCGUACAGAAGAUCAAGCUCUCACAGCCGACAACGUGAAUGACCUUCACCCCAGCAGAUCAACAAAACCUGUUUCUCUUCCAUGUAGAUGAACUUGUGGAGACGUGGAACUCUAUAAUUUUAUAUUUCAGGUUUUGAUAUUUUCCAAUUGUAAUCGAAAUGUGAUGAACUGUAGCUUGUGGCCUUUCUGAUUGUUGACUAGUAUUUUGUGGUGAGUUUAGGAACCUAGGAGCUAGGUAAUAGCAGAAAGACGAAUCGUCUCUGUCACUGGCGUGAGGAUAUGGAAGAUUUGCCCAUUCCAGAUUUAAAGAGUGGAUCUAUUAGAAAGACAUUACUGAUUUGUUUUUGUUUGCACCCUUAUGAAUUGUUGUAUAUCCUCAUUUAUUUUCAUGUCUGAAAAUGAUCUGAGAAAUUGUUUGACAUUGAUAAAAUCCGGAGAAUGUUGAAACCAACUAACAGCCUUGUUUUGGGGACUAUUUUAUUGUGUAUGAAUACGCUAUUAUAAUGAAAGGGAUGAAAGAUGAGAUGGAAGUGUCACUUUCUGUUUUUUCCAACAUUAUUUGGUCCGCGAUGAAUCUCGGCUUAAUGCGUAUUACCAGUCCUAAGGUCAAGGUCAGUUGAAGGUUGCCAAGUAAUUUCAAUGGCAGAAAGAUAAUUUUUGUACUGAUGUUGCAAUAAGACGCAUUUAAUAAUAGAUAUUCAUUUUGAUAUGACAAAAUAUUAGAGAUUUAGUCUUUUUUAUACCUGCAUGAAAUUAUCCAUAUACUUGAUGUACAAAUUUACCGAUUUUGAAUGUAAAUAAUGUUUGAUUAUAUGUCCAUGCUGUGUAGUUUUCUGUGUAGACGUGUAGUAGGUUCUACCUUGAAGAAGGACCAAACAGUGAAAAAUUACUAGAAUGUCUGUGAUACAGAAUGUCAGCAAAAUUAAUAACAUAUUUGUCAGAACCCUUGGUUCCAUUAAAAAGGUAAAUCAAGUCUCCUGCAUGUUAAUCUUGGUAAGAUAAGUGGCAAAGAAAACUUUGAAACUCCCCUGUGCACGGUAACAUAAGCUGUAACUCCCCCGUGCAUGUUAAAAUAAGCAGAAACUCCCCCGUGCAAGUUAACAUAAGCUGUAACUCCCCCGUGCAAGUUAACAUAAGCUGUAACUCCCCUGUGCAUGUUAACAUAAGCUGUAACUCCCCUGUGCAUGUUAAAAUAAGCUGAAACUCCCCUGUGCAUGUUAAAAUAAGCUGAAACUUCCCUGUGCAUGUUAAAAUAAGCUGAAACUCCCCUGUGCAUGUUAAAAUAAGCUGAAACUUCCCUGUGAACGUUAUCUUAAACAGAAACUCCCCUGUGCACGUUAUCUUAAACAGAAACUCCCUCGUGCACGUUAGCAUAAGCAGAAACUCCCCUGUGCACAUUAUCUUAAACGGAAACUCCCUCGUGCACGUGAACAUAAGCAGAAACUCCCCUGUGCAUGUUAUCUUAAACGGAAACUCCCCUGUGCAGGUGAACAUAAGCAGAAACUCCCCUGUGCACGUUAUCUUAAACAGAAACUCCCCUGUGCACGUUAACAUAAGCUGUAACUCCCCUGUGCACGUUAGCAUAAGCUGUAACUCCCCUGUGCACGUUAACAUAAGCUGUAACACCCCUGUGCACGUUAACAUAAGCUGUAACUCCCCCGUGCACGUUAGCGUAAGUUGUAACUCCCCCGUGCACGUUAACAUAAGCUGUAACUCCCCCGUGCACGUUAACAUAAGCUGUAACACCCCCGUGCACGUUAACAUAAGCUGUAACACCCCCGUGCACGUUAACAUAAGCUGUAACACCCCCGUGCACGUUAACAUAAGCUGUAACUCCCCUCGUGCACGUUAACAUAAGCUGUAACUCCCCUGUGCACGUUAACAUAAGCUGUAACUUCCCUGUGCACGUUAACAUAAGCUGUAACUCCCCUGUGCACGUUAACAUAAGCUGUAACUCCCCCGUGCACGUUAGCGUAAGUUGUAACUCCCCCGUGCACGUUAACAUAAGCUGUAACACCCCCGUGCACGUUAACAUAAGCUGUAACACCCCCGUGCACGUUAACAUAAGCUGUAACACCCCCGUGCACGUUAACAUAAGCUGUAACUCCCCUCGUGCACGUUAACAUAAGCUGUAACUCCCCUGUGCACGUUAACAUAAGCUGUAACUUCCCUGUGCACGUUAACAUAAGCUGUAACUCCCCUGUGCACGUUAACAUAAGCUGUAACUCCCCUGUGCACGUUAACAUAAGCUGUAACUCCCCCGUGCACGUUAACAUAAGCUGUAACUCCCCUGUGCACGUUAACGUAAGCUGUAACUCCCCCGUGCACGUUAACAUAAGCUGUAACUCCCCUGUGCACGUUAACAUAAGCUUUAACUCCCCUGUGCACGUUAACAUAAGCUGUAACUCCCCUGUGCACGUUA